UUUCGCCGCCCAAAAGUGGAUUCAUCAUCGCAUCGCUGAGGCCAGAGAGCAGCAGACGAUUCGGCCACCUUUAAUUCCUUCCCUUCAAGAUAUCAAUACCCCUGUUCUUCAACCCCCACACAUUUCGCCACAAUGAUCGCACCAUCAGUCAGACAGGCACUGGUGCGCAAUGGUGCCAAGUCGACACAGCGAAUUGCAGCGGCUGCAACGGCACCGUCAUCAUCGCCACCGGCUGCGACUCGAGGAUAUGCCACCCCGAGCAAGCCAAACCAGAUGGCAACGCCCGUCGAGGUUCAGUCAACGGUCAGCGCUGGUCGUGGGAGUGCUCAGAGGAACAUCAAGUCCGUCGGUGGUGGCCACAGGGACCUCGUCUCAGAUGUCCUCGAGUCAGCACCUCGACCGAGCACAGCGAAACGCCCAAUCUACCUCGACGCCCAGGCCACGACGCCCGUCGACCCGCGAGUCCUCGACGCCAUGAUGCCUUUCUAUACCAACCAGUAUGGCAACCCUCACUCCCGCACUCACGCCUACGGCUGGGAGUCAGAAGCAGCCGUAGAGGCCGCCCGUGAGCACAUUGCCGACCUCAUCGGCGCAGACAGCAAGGAGAUCAUCUUCACCUCGGGCGCCACCGAGUCAAACAACAUGGCACUGAAGGGAUGUGCGCAUUUCUACGGCAGCAAGAAGAACCACAUCAUCACGACGCAGACGGAGCACAAGUGCGUCCUCGACUCGUGCAGGAAGUUGCAGGAUGAGGGAUUCGAGGUCACCUACCUUCCCGUCAAGGAGAACGGGCUCAUCGAUAUGAAGGAGCUCGAGGACGCUCUGAGACCAGAGACAGCCGUCGUUUCCAUCAUGACGGUCAACAACGAGAUCGGCGUCAUUCAGCCCAUUGCAGAGAUCGGCAAGCUCCUCAAGACAAAGGGAGCAGAGCUGGCAAAGUCCAAGGGGCUGAGCGGCAAGCCAUUGCUGCACACGGACGGAGCUCAAGCGGCAGGCAAGAUCCCGAUUGACGUCAACAAGAUGAACGUUGAUCUGAUGAGCUUGUCCUCGCACAAGAUCUACGGGCCGAAGGGAAUGGGCGCCAUCUACGUGCGCAGGAGGCCGCGAGUCAGGCUUGAGCCUAUCAUUAACGGUGGUGGGCAGGAGCGUGGACUGCGUUCGGGUACCCUCGCACCGCCGCUGAUUGUUGGAUUCGGAGAGGCGGCAAGGAUCGCCAAGAGGGAGCUUGCUGUGAGUACGCGUGGCAAGAUGGUUGCUCGUGGGCUCGGACGGCGCUCGCGUGAUGGAAGUUACUGCAAAUGCUAAACGGCGCAGGGCGAUGGGGAUGGGAUCAGUGAGCGGCACAUCGACUGCGCUCAGCGGCCUUUGCGCUCAGCUGGGUCUGCGGUGCGAUAGUCCCUCACUGUCUCCCGCCUCCAUCACAGCCUGCGUCGAGAUGGGGUAGAUAGCUCCUCUGUGGCUGUGACCAUGUAUGCAGGGGUUCUGACGACGAGAGCGAGGGAGCGCAGCGGGAUUGCCAAGAGUUGGAUCUGGCCACAUCUUUCCAGAGCACAAUGCUGACACCUCUCUCCACUCUACCCAUCAGUACGACCACGCGCACAUCUCCUCUUUGGCCAAGCGCCUCAAGGACCGCGUCCUCUCGGAGAUUGACGCCGUUCUCGUCAACGGUGACGUGGAUGGGUAUCCAGGCUGCGUCAACCUUUCCUUC